GUGGUCUCUGCUCCCUCUCUUUUAUUCGCUGCAACAAGUUCACCAGAAGUCUGCAUAUCCGCGUCGGUCUAUUGUGUCUGCUCUCCGUCCUUCAAUCCUCCUCCAGUGACAUGUUCCUGCAGCGGGCCGCCCGGCGCUAUUUGCCCGACGGGAGGUCCUCCCUGUCGGCGCUGUCCGCCCUCACGUCAAGACGGCGUCAGCACGGCCACGCGCACCCCUCCGGUGAGCCGGCGGCGCCCUUCCGGCCCGAGACGUCGAGCGCCAAGACACUGAUGGACGUCGGGACGCGACGCAUCUUCAGCGAGGACCACGAUCUCUUCAGGGAGAGCGCACGCCGCUUCUUCCAGGAGGAAGUGGUCCCUCACCACAGCGAAUGGGAGAAGGCGGGCCAGGUGAGCAGGGAGCUGUGGGAGAAGGCCGGGGAGCAAGGGCUUCUGGGAGUUAUGACGCCGGAGGAGCAGGGGGGGAUCGGAGGAGACCUCCUCUCUGCGGCCGUCGUCUGGGAGGAGCAGAUGUACUGUAACUGCACCGGCCCUGGGUUCGCUCUGCACUCGGACAUCGUCAUGCCCUACAUCAGUAACUACGGCAACGCGGAGCAGGUGGAGCGCUUCAUCCCCCCUAUGGCCGCCGGCAAGUGCAUCAGCGCCAUCGCCAUGACGGAGCCCGGGGCAGGCAGCGAUCUCCAGGGAGUUCGGACGCAUGCCAAGAGGGACGGCUCCGACUGGAUCCUGAACGGGAACAAGGUGUUCAUCACCAACGGGUGGAUGUGCGACCUGGUCGUCGUGGUGACGGUGACGGACCGCGAGGCCAAGACGGCGGCCCACGGCAUCAGCCUCUUCCUGGUGGAAGACGGCAUGAAGGGUUUCCAGAAGGGGCGCAAGUUGGACAAGAUCGGCCUCAAGGCCCAGGACACUGCGGAGCUGUUCUUCGAGGACGUGAGGCUGCCGGCCAGCGCCCUGCUGGGGGAGCUGAACAAGGGCUUCUACUACCUGAUGAACGAGCUGCCGCAGGAGCGCCUGCUGAUCGCAGACAUGGCCAUCGCCAGCUGUGAGUUCAUGUUUGAGGAGACAAGGAACUACGUGAUGCAGAGGAAGGCCUUCGGGAAGACCAUCGCCCACCUGCAGACAGUGCAGCACAAGCUGGCGGAGAUGAAGACGGAGAUCUGCGUGGGCCGGGCCUUCCUGGACAGCUGCCUGCAGCUCCACGGCGAGAAGAGGCUGGACUCCUCCACCGCCUCCAUGGCCAAGUGCUGGGCGUCUGACCUCCAGAACAAGGUCGCCACCCAGUGUGUGCAGAUGCACGGAGGCUGGGGAUACAUGAUGGAGUACCCCAUCGCCAAGGCCUUCGUGGACUCCCGGGUGCAGCCCAUCUACGGGGGCACCAACGAGAUCAUGAAGGAGCUGAUCGCCCGCACCAUCGUCAGCACCAAGUGAGGAAGACCAAGGGGCUCUUCCUCAGGGUGGUCUUCAGCCGGGUGCUCCUCUUCCUCAGGGUGGGGUUCCCCAGACUGGGGGGGCCGUUUGCUCUGUUAGGUCCGCUUUUAGAUGCGUGCACGUGUAAAGAUUCUGGGCUGUAGUAAGUACUGGAGCGAUGUGGAGAGACAAGGGCUUCUUUUCCAGUCUCCAUUUUGUGUUAAAACCAAAAGGUGUUCAGAGGGCGUCCAUCGUGUGUGUGUGUGUGUGUGUGUGUGUGUGUGUGUGUGUGUGUGUGUGUGUGUGUGUGUGUGUGUGUGUGUGUGUGUGUGUGUGUGUGUGUGUGUGUGUGUGUGUGUGUGUGUGUGUGUGUGUUUCUAUAUAAACAAAAGUGAAUCAAAUCGAAGAGCGAGUGCACCAAGGUACAAUCAGAUUUUUGGCCCCAGGGUCGUUGCCGUUGGUUACCAAGAACUCUAAGCCAGCUGGCCCCGUGAGUGGAGCCAACAGACAGGGGGUAACCUUAUAUGAUCUAAUGUAGAAAUUAAACUUGAUUGCCGGGGUGUAAUUCUACCAAGUGUCCUUAGAACACUCAUUGCAGUUCAAAUCCAUUCAGAUUCACACAAUCAUGAUGCCAAUGAAUGAAUGAUUAUGAAUCUUUAACCGCCACAUUGAGUUCAAAUCAUUAUCUCAGUCUUUUAAUUACGUAGACUGAUUUGGGUUUGCGUUUGUUGUUACUACUUUCUAAGCACUUAUGACGGCAGUUUAUCGCCUGACAUUAUCAAAUGCCCUCGCGUCAACGGAGCACUAAAACAAAGAGCCAAUUUAAUAAAUGUUAACAAAUCACAUUAGCUUAUGUGGCCUAACUUUAAAAUGUAUUGUCUACUGUGAGAACUUGAUAAUUUGUCCAAUAAAAAAAAACACACUGGUUGGUA